CCACGUGUAUGUGUCUUUGCCCCUGAAUGUGGCCGUAUUGUGGGGUUUGUCCACCUGCCAUCCACACUUAUCUGUGAUUUCUGUCUAAGCCCCAGGGUGUCUAGGUGUCUGGGUUCAUAUUGCUUUGGCGUGUCUACAUGUCUGCACACUGGUCACGCCUGGGUGUGCCCCCCGUUCAGGAGUCUCCAAGUAUCUGCCACCAGGAUUGUAUGUGUGAAAACCCAGAAGAGCUACUGCUCAUUCCAAUGAUCAGUUUCAUCGGUCUUGGCAUGGGCAGUGCUGCGCUCUACUUGCUUCGACUUGCCCUACGCAGCCCUGACGUCUGCUGGGACCGAAAGAACCCAGAACCCUGGAAUCGCUUGAGCCCCAAUGAUCAAUACAAGUUCCUUGCAGUUUCCACUGAUUAUAAGAAGCUGAAGAAGGACCGGCCAGACUUCUAAACCAGGCUGGGCUGCUAGCUGGAUGUAAACCACGGAACUCAUUUCUUCCACUGCCUGUUCCCAGACCCUAAGGCAUCAGUCUAGUCACCUCACCCAGCUCCUGCUUACACAGGCCGGGUUCCCACGAAGAGGGGGGGCAGCUCCACCCACUACCCUGCUCCCAGCAGCGGAAGCAACACUGACCCCUGGCUUCAGUCCCACGAGGGGGAGGGGAGUCAGGACAGCAGGCAGCAACUGGGUCCUCAGCUCAAAAGGCCCAAACCAGCCCCCCAGUUCUGACUUGCAGGGUGUGGCUGGCACAGGCUACGUGUUGAGCCUGGCCUACGUGAGCCAACAGCAAGCAAGGGCCUCUGAGUGCCAAGCAGGAACGUGGCGGGCCCCACGUUUGCCUGAGCUCUCAAGAGUGCCAGCCCUGGGGCGGCGCUGUUCAGGCUAGACUAGCUUGCCUCUGCUGCCCAGGACGGGGUACCCAUGCCAAACAGCAGCUCCUCCUCUGCCCCAGCCUGCUGCCUCCCCCACUGGCAGCACAGAACACCUGGGCCUCCCCUGCCACUCCCUCCUCCCCUCCCUUGCUCCCCUUGGUCCCCCGGGAUCAAACAGAAGCAGCCGUGGGCAAAAUACAAUUUCAUUUAACAAAUUGAAUUUGCUGCGCCUGCUAAUCACGUCUGGUGUCGGCUCUGAUCAGAGACAGAGAGAGGAGGCUGCAGCCCCAGGGGUCCUUGUGGUGGUGGUGGGAGGAGAGGGAGGAAUAAAUGUUGAGGGAGUCAAAUCACCGAAUCACUGGCUGGCCCAGGGGAUCCCUCCCACAU